AUGGAGGCGUUGCAGCAUCUUGCUCUCAAUCUCCCAGAGUGGCAAGGCCGCCUGGAACAACUGCAGAAGCAGUCUCAACAAAUCUCACCAUGCAGUACCACGAUCUCAUCGACUUCACCACUAUUAUCUGAAAGCACCACUAUUAUUUCUGAACAAGACGAAACCUUGAACAAGACACUCACAGAAACUGCCCUCCCCGAUGUGCACUAUGACGGCGACGUCCAGGCUCUCUUCUCAGAGUUGGUCCGCUAUGUCUCGACAAGCAGAGGUUUGAUGCGAAGAGCCAAAAUGGCGUCGAAAGUAGCACAGAUUAAGCGACUGGCGGAAUUCGACCUGGAUACGGAAGACGAGCAAGUACUGCCUACCCACACUCCCGCAUCACACCGCAUUCGUGUCAAAACCAAUCGCACAGCGUCCUCUAAAGACUCAGCCUCUGAGAUCUUCGACACCCUGGAACGUCACUUGGAUCUUGUCAACAGCUUGUCCGAAGAUGCAGCUCACCAGUUUUUGAGAAAGUCAGACUGCCGUGAAGAAGUUGAACAAAUCCUCAGCCGCAUAUCCGUCCUCAUCCACGCAUCUAAUACCGAAAUCCGACGCCUCAAACGCCUCACUACUCAGGAGACGACGGACACGGCCAAGGUCCGUACAAGACGGUCCAUCAGCAUCCGUAGAGAGGUACGCGAGUUGAAGGGCCAAACGGCACCGGUGAAGCCCUGCGAUAUUAUCCCCUUUAUGGACGACGGUAUGAUGUGCCUUGAAGUCGACCCCGAUGUCUGCCCUGGAGUCACCACCACUACCAAUCUGGUUAUGCCUAAAGCGCAGUAA